ACCCGGUCACGGUGCGGCAGGCUCCGCAUCGGAACCACGUCCACAAGCAGUCGGAGAAGACGACGCGGGUCCGGACGGUGCUGAACGAGAAGCAGCUGCACACGUUGCGGACCUGUUACAACGCCAACCCGAGGCCGGACGCGCUGAUGAAGGAGCAGCUGGUGGAGAUGACCGGCCUGAGCCCCAGGGUGAUCCGGGUCUGGUUCCAGAACAAGCGCUGCAAAGACAAGAAGAAGUCAAUCCUGAUGAAGCAGCUUCAGCAGCAGCACCACAGUGAUAAGACUGUAAGCAUCUUCAACCUGCAGGGUCUCACAGGGACACCUCUUGUGGCCGGGAGUCCUAUCCGUCAUGAGAGCACCGUGCAGGGAAACCCAGUGGAGGUUCAGACCUACCAGCCUCCAUGGAAAGCCCUGAGUGAGUUCGCCCUGCAGAGCGACCUGGACCAGCCAGCCUUCCAACAACUGGUGUCUUUCUCUGAAUCGGGCUCUCUCGGGAACUCCUCGGGCAGUGACGUGACUUCUUUGUCCUCUCAGUUACCGGACACCCCCAACAGUAUGGUACCCAGCCCGGUGGAGACGUGA